AUGACACAUUUUUCUCGUCCUAGGUAUUCAGUUCAGCCCGAGACGGCCACAAGCACCAGUGCAACACCUCGUGUGGCGUCACCUGAAGCUGUGACGGCUGUCCAGGAAGCCACACCGAAUCCCUUCUUGACGCCAUAUGCCUCUCAUGACCCAUCUCGGACGACGUCUUCGGUCGCCCUCGCCCAGAGUACAACCAGUCAUAGAUACUUCCAUUCUCGAAGAGUCAAGAAAGGAGAGGUUGAACGACCAUGGACGGACAUCAAAGACCCCAAGGAAAAGUGGGUGACCAUCAUACCAUUGAUUGGCCUAUUCGUGGGAGUGGUAAUUGCAGGUUUCUUAGUCUGGGAUGGUCUUAGGACUGUUGUCAACCACAAGUAUUGCCCCGUGUACUUGAGCGACUUCCCUAACAAAGGGCUCGAGUUGGAUAUCUGGACGAAGGAAGCUGAGGUCGGUGGUUUCGGCAACGGCCAGUUCGAGGAGACCACCGUCACUGAAGAGAAUGUCUUCAUUCAGGAUGGGAUGCUUCACAUCAAGCCAACCCUGCAAGACGCAGUAAUCGUGGAGGAAAACAGCCGAAUUGAUCUCCUUGCUCAAGGAAUUUGUACAUCGAUAGUGUGGACGAACUGCGUGACAGGCACAAAUACCAGCACCACCAACUUAACAACGGCCAACCCUGUCAAGUCUGGUAGAAUAAACACCAAGAAGAGCAGGUCGAUCAAAUACGGUCGUAUUGAGGUGGAAGCCAAGCUACCUGCAGGUGACUGGCUAUGGCCUGCGAUAUGGCUUCUCCCUGUCGACAGCCAAUACGGUGAAUGGCCACGGUCUGGUGAAAUUGACAUUGUCGAAUCCAGAGGAAACAAUUGGACAUUUCCACAAGGUGGCAACAAUAUCGUAUCGAGCUCGCUGCACUGGGGCCCGGAUUCUGCAAACGAUGCUUGGUGGAAGACUAACGUGAAGAGGAAGGCUUUGCAUACCACAUACGCAAAAAAGUUCCAUACUUUUGGUCUUGAAUGGUCGGAGAAAUACAUCUUCACGUACAUCGAUACUCGACUGCUUCAAGUGCUGUACACGAAUUUCGACAAAGAUCUUUGGAGUCGCGGCCAUUUCCCCGACUCUGACAGCAAUGGCACUAAAAUUGUCAAUCCUUGGGGCCAGACUGCUAGGAAGUCAACCCCAUUCGAUCAAGACUUCUACCUCAUCUUGAAUGUCGCAGUCGGGAGCACCAAUGGCUGGUUUGAGGAUAGCAAAAAUGGGAAACCUUGGGUGGAUGGGGGCAAAAAUGCGAGGCGCGACUUUUGGAAUGCCAAAGAUGCAUGGUAUCCAACGUGGAAAGAAAGCGGCGAGAUGGUAGUGAAGAGUGUAAAGAUGUGGCAACAACAGGGAUACAACGGAUGCAGUUGA